UAGACCGCGGGGUGCCGUUGCCCGUGGUGCUGUCGGGCAGGCCGCGCUGGCCCGACGCCUGUGAGCCGCCGGGGUCGGCCUGGCGGGCCCUCGGCGCCGGUUCCGUGGAGUGGGGAGCAUGGACCCCGCGGCGGCGCACAGCCGCCACCUGCUGCAGCAGCUGCAGGAGCAGCGCAUCCAGGGCCUGCUGUGCGACUGCAUGCUGGUGGUGAGCGGCGUGUGCUUCAAGGCGCACAGGAACGUGCUCGCGGCCUUCAGCCAGUUCUUCAGGAGCCUCUUUCAGAACUCUCCAGGCCAGAAGAAUGAUGUUUUCCACUUGGACAUUAAAAAUGUGAGCGGCAUUGGGCAGAUCCUGGACUUCAUGUACACGUCUCAUCUAGACCUUAACCAGGACAAUGUGCAGGCGAUGCUGGACAUAGCCCAGUGCUUGCAGGUUCAGAACGUUCUCAGUCUGUGUCACACGUUUUUAAAAUCAGCUGGCAUAGACCUGCCACCUGGCAUUCCGUGUAAUAGUACGUGCCCCCUGCAAAGCGCUUUGGCUCCUGAUGCCAGCUGUGUCAUAAAUGAAAACUACCCCCAUCUCCUGCCGGAGUGCUCAGCAGACGUUCCGCAGAGCAAGGUUCUGGAUACUUCCCCUCCUCACGCUCCCGCGUCAGCUCACCUUCAUCUUUCUCCAGGCGAAAUGUCUAAACAAGCCCCGGAGGCUUCAGACGGCAGCAGCCCGGAGCUGCCUUUCAAGCAGCCGAAUUGCUACUACAAACUCCGCAACUUCUACAGCAAGCAGUACUAUAAACAGGCCACCUGCCCCGGUCACGAGCGGACCAGGGAGCAGCCCUUCGCCUUCGGCGCGCCCCCCGACCUCAGGGCCGCGGAGAGCCAGCCGGGCGCUGCCAGUCUCUCCGAGUGCGUCCUGGAGUCUGCCGAGCACUUGCCCCCCAGCUUCCUGGCCCCGCCUUUGAGUGAGUCCGCCCCCGCGCCGGACAGCGCUUGUCAGCAGCCCGCCAAACAGAUGAGGCUCAAAAAGGCUAUUCACCUGAAGAAGCUCAAUUUCCUGAAGUUGCAGAAGUCUGCAGAGCAGACGUCGGAGCCCAAGCCAGGUGACCGACCGGCCAGGAGGAUAGCCUCUGCUGCCGAAAGCGCCGUGGGGAAAGCGGCGGGCCACAGUACUGACGCAAAAGAAGGUGAGCACCUCACCAGUUCCGAGAACUUUCACUGCGUUAGCGACCUAGAGAGGCCGGAAGACGUGGCGGCCCUGGAAGACCAGUCCCAGGCUCUUCACUCGCAGAGGCAGUACGCGUGUGAAUUGUGCGGGAAACCUUUUAAACACCCAAGCAACUUGGAGCUUCACAAACGCUCUCAUACAGGUGAGAAACCUUUUGAAUGUAACAUUUGUGGGAAACAUUUCUCUCAGGCGGGUAACUUGCAGACUCAUUUACGUCGGCAUUCUGGUGAAAAACCGUACAUCUGCGAAAUCUGUGGAAAGAGGUUCGCCGCCUCCGGCGACGUGCAGCGCCACAUCGUCAUCCACUCGGGGGAGAAGCCGCACCUGUGCGACAUCUGCGGCCGAGGGUUCAGCAACUUCAGCAACCUGAAGGAGCACAAGAAGACGCACACGGCCGACAAGGUCUUCACCUGCGACGAGUGCGGCAAGUCCUUCAACAUGCAGCGGAAGCUGGUCAAGCACCGCGUGCGGCACACGGGCGAGCGGACCUGCCUGCCCGGGCCUCCUGUCCAGGACCUGCCUGCCCGGGCCUCCUGUCUGGGCCUCCUGUCCUGGACCUGCCUGUCCGGACCUGCCUAUCUGGACCUGCCGUUCCGGACCAGUCGUGUUAAUGUGGUGGCGUUCAUGGUCUCCUGUGACUGA